CCUUCUCAAUCCACUCUGCAGUUAGAAACAAUUAUGAGGAGGCAUAGCCGAAUUUUUUUGAAUUGAGGAUGCAAUUUUUUAGCUUUAAUACCAUUAGUAUAUCCUUGGCAUGGUACCUUAACAAAUCUGAAAUCCUAAUAGAUCCGAGAGAAAAUUCUGCUAGUCAUUAGUUGCAGAAGGCCAUGACCAGAAUUAUACUUCUACUCUAUUCAUGUAUGAGAUAGCAGCACCAGCCAACGAAGAACUUACUCACUUAGUUCUUGCACAGAGUUCAUCACAUCGUGCAGCAGGAAUGCAACAAAGGGGAUCAUCAUCAAUAUGGGAACUAACUAGCAUUACCAAAACCCCUAAAAUCCUAGUCUCGAAUAACUUAGGGUUCAUUGCAACGAUUAUGUCAACUCUGGAUUACCAAAAGGCAAAAAAC